AUGUCAUUUUUCAAAGGCAUCCACUUCCGACAUCGAGCUAGCAGUAGUGAUAAUGAUAGUUCACCUGAUAAUGGAGACGCAUCCCAAGCAAAUACACCGCUCAUAGGUAGACGGCGCCAAGCUAGGGGGGAUGGCAACAAAGCUAUAAUGGCUACAGCCCUGAGGGAGCACCCUGAUGACAUCAAGCAGAGCGUCCACGCCGUAAAGACCUUCCUUGCGGCACGCUUAGCGGUGAAAUGCCACUCUUGCAGAUCAAAUAUUACUGAUAACUUUUGUGUCAGAGACUGGAUGCGCCGUUGGCCAGAAGGCGCCCAAGGUAAUCCCAAAAAGGGGUGUUACCUCUGUGCAGCAACCUGCUCUAGCUGUAAGGCUCUAACAUGCCUUGGCUGCGGCAGGAAAGUUCGGCAAUCCAAAAACCCCCAUGAAAUUGAAGGGUAUUAUAUAGACUGGUGCUGCGGUGACGGGAGGCUGUUUGGGAUAUGGCUUCUGCUGGCAAGAUAUGACAGGGUCGAGAUACGCUGGCAGGCAUCCUCGUCUACUACAGAGAAUACAUACACCUUAGCUCGGGACAAAAACGGUGAGAGUAGCCGGAAGACACAGGAUUCAAGAGGUAUUGGGUACGCGGAUAACAGCAGGAUCCGCUAUAGCCCCUUUGCGACUCUUUUUUAUGACGGGCCAGGAUCGCCGUCUGUAUCGUUGAAUAGGCCCUUGCGGUUUCGGGGCAGCGACGAGAGGGAAGAUGAAUUUGUAGGUAAGGUAUUCGACUUCGUUGGCCGGAUGAUACCUGGACCUGCGAACAAGAAUCUGCCUUCUGAGCUUCACGCAAUGUUGCAGCUUGGGCUGCUUCUGGACAAGGUUGCCGAUUUACUCAGAAACGACUCCUUGGACAACGUGACGAAGCGCAGACAUGUAUACAAAGCCGCCUUUGGCCUUGUUGCAAAAUUGGGUUCGCAUCCAGACUUGAUUGAUCUCGUCAAGGGGGCCAGGUAUCAUAAGCAGCAGACUCCUGGCCUCAAACCCCUUUCUUCAUCAAAGCCACUGCAUGAAAGUCCUCCGCUUCUCGACAAAGCACUAUUGUCCUUGAGUCUGCUGAGAGCCACGAUCUUACCACUCGCAGUGGAGAGGAUCUGUUUAGCUGCUGUGAGAGCAUCCUUUCUAUCUACACUACCAUUUCAGAGGAUGGGGCUGCGUAGGGUGGCGUCGAGGCCAGCCCACAAGCAAGCCCUCACGAGAAGUGGGAAGCCUUUCACCAGGAGCAUGGAGUUUCCCGGGACGAGGGAGUCCUUGAGACGAGCCAUGCCACGGAGAUACGUGGAGAAGAUCCAACCGCAGAUAGUUGCUGCUGGCAUGCUACAUUGGUUGUUCAAACCAAGACGGAGACAUGGAAUCUGGGAGAAAGAGAUCCGGGCACAUUUCCGGUAUAAUGAAGCUAAAAUACUCGCAAACUUCGAGAAAUGGGCAAAAGAAAACCCAGUACUCAAAUUUCAGGGCCUUGUCCAGGAGUUGAAACGUGGGAUAGAGGACAUCAACCGGCGUUAA